AUGUGCAUUACUGCGAGUCUUGGGAUUUAUGUAGCUGGGCCAAACAAGUUAUCAUUUGAUGCAGCACAGAGUUACUGUGAAACAUACCAUGAUGGACAUAUAGCAACACCUCAAACUUUGGAAGAACAAGAUGAUAUACAGGCAGUAGCAGAAUGGUCCAAGUAUUGGAUAGGCAUAAAAAAGCCACAUUCGGGUCCAUGGCCCGCUGGCUUUGUCGGCCUGGUAGAUGUGAAUGAAUGCGACAUAGUGCGCUUGGAUACUAAUGUGGAUGAGAGCAAAUGGACAGCUAAUAAGAAAUGUGCCAUGUUCAAGUCUGCACCCCCACCAGGAGACUGGAUGGAAGAAAAUUGCAUGACUGAGUUGAACUUUAUUUGUGAAACAACAACGGCAGAACAAAUUGCAUGUCCUAUUAUCCCAACAACAAGUGAGGUAACAACUACUGUUGACACAACUACUGAUACAACUACUUUUAAAACAACUACAGUGAAAGCAACAACAACUGAGAUAACUGCUACAAGUGAUGCUACAACUACAGCAAAUGUAGAAACUGCAGCUGAAGUAACAAACACAGCUGCAAUUACAGAUACAGCUGAAGUAACAGCUACAGAUAUAUUUAAGGAAAUAAAUCCAACUUCGGCAACAAAUACACCUUAUGUAACAAAUACAGCUGAUGUAACAAAUACAGCUGGGGUAGCAAGUACACCUGAUGUAACAGCUACAGCUGAAGUAACAAAUACAGCUGUGGUAAUAAAUACACCUGAUGAAACAGCUACAGCUGAAGUAACAAAUACACCUCAUGUAACAGCUACAGUUAAAGUAACAAAUACAUCUGAUGUAACAGCUACGGUUGAAGUAACAAAUACACCUAAUGUAACAGCUACAGCUGAAGUAAGAAAUACAGCUGUGGUGACAAAUACACCUGGUGUAACAGAUACAGUUGAAGUAAGAAAUACAGCCGUCCUGACAAAUACACCUGAUGCAACAGCUACAGCUGAAGUAACAAAUACACCUAAUGUAACAGCUACAGCUGAAGUAAGAAAUACAGCCGUCAUGACAAAUACACCUGAUGCAACAGCUACAGCUGAAGUAACAAAUACACCUAAUGUAACAGCUACAGCUGAAGUAAGAAAUACAGCUGUGGUGACAAAUACACCUGGUGUAACAGAUACAGUUGAAGUAAGAAAUACAGCCGUCGUGACAAAUACACCUGAUGCAACAGCUACAGCUGAAGUAACAAAUACACCUAAUGUAACAGCUACAGCUGAAGUAAGAAAUACAGCUGUGGUGACAAAUACACCUGGUGUAACAGAUGCAGUUGAAGUAACAAAUACACCUGAUGUAACAGCUACAGCUGAAAUAAUGAGUACAUAUGAUGUUACAGCUACAGCUGAAGUAACAAAUACAUCUGAUGUAGCAGCUACAGCUGAAGUAACAUAUACAUAUGAUGUAACAGCUACAGCUGAAGUAACAUAUACGUAUGAUGUAACAGCUACAGCUGAUGUAAUAGCUACAACUGAAGUUACAAAUACAUCUGAUGUAACAGCUAUAGCUGAUGUAACAAAUACAGCUGUGGUAAUAAAUACACCUAAUGAAACAGCUACAGCUGAAGUAACAAAUACAUCUGAUGUAACAGCUUCACCUGGGAUAAUAAAUACUGCUGCUGUAAGAAAUACAGCUAAAAUAUUGAAUACAACUAGAACUGGGGAAACAACUGAAGAUGAAGUUACAACUACUGGCAAAACUUAGGAAGGUUGUUUGAACACUUAAAGAAAAUGUAUGCAAACAUAUUUGGAGCUUCUGAUAAUAAGAAGUAUCGCAAAAAGCAAAAAGAACAGACAAAAAGAGGACAAAGUGAACUGAGUCCAAAAUAGCAAGGGACAUACAGCCAUGAUAGUUUCAUCUUAAUUCAGCGAUUUAUUUAAUUUUCAAAGUGUUGUGUUUAAAUGUAUAAAAUGACCUCUGGCAAUGGACAUUAUGCUACAUAUUCAUAUCUCAAUAAAUACUGAGUUAAAUUAAAUAAAUUAAUGGAGUUUAUAGAUUUUAUGGUAAUGUUUGUAAGAAUUCAUUUAAUUGGUUCAGAGCACUUUCAGCUAAUUUUUCAAAUACAUGUGUAUAUUGUAACCUAAAAUACAGAAGUAGAAAUAAAAAAUUCACAAAAAA